AUGGCGAUUUUCAGAAGCAAGUCUAAAGGCCUCUCGGGCCCCCCCACCAACAUCAACCAGAUCGACGUCAAGAUGGGGCUGGGCGAUAAGAUCCGCAACGAAAACGUCCACGACCCCAUUUUGUCGGCGGUGAACGAGGCGCAACCGUUCGAGCAGGCAGCUUUCAACGCGCGGGCCAACCAGGAGGACCCUGAAGGCGCCGCCGCCAGACGCCCGUCGUACCUCUCGCAGGCGUCGAACGAGCUCAAGGAUAUCUUUGGCAACCCCAUUCAGCAGAAAGAUAUGAGCAACCCGACGCGGUCGCGUAACGAGCGGCCCUUGGACACUAUCCGGGGGUUUGAGUACGCCAUCACCGGUGAUCUCAGCUACCGCGACCAGUUGGAGACCCACCGUCUCGGCUGGGGGUUCCACGAAGACUUCCACCACCAGAACUUGAGCGAGCUGGCCCAGGCGCCGGCCCCGCUGGACUUCGCUCGCCCUGGCGCCGCGUUCGCCCAGCCGAUUUACCAGACCGAGAACUACUCGGCGCUGAGCUUGAAGAACGAUGGCGUGGUGGCGUGUCCCUUCAACGUGUUCCCGCCUAUGAACGACGAUAUCAACUUGGAGUCUCAGCCGCGGCAGGUCUCGUUCAAUGUCUCCGACCACUACCAGGUGCUCGAAAUCGUCGGCGAAGGUGCCUACGGCAUCGUGUGUUCGGCGAUCCACUUGCCGCUGAACCAAAAGGUCGCCAUCAAGAAGAUCGAGCCCUUCGAGCGCCUGAUGUUGUGUUUGAGAACAUUACGCGAGCUCAAAUUGUUGAAACACUUUAACCACGAAAACAUUAUCUCCAUCUUGGCCAUCCAGCGCCCGGUGCUGUACGAGGCGUUUAAUGAGAUCUACCUCAUCCAGGAAUUGAUGGAAACCGACUUGCACCGGGUGAUCCGUACUCAGCGGCUCACUGACGACCACAUCCAAUACUUCAUCUACCAGACGUUGCGAGCGUUAAAGGCGAUGCACUCCGCCAACGUGUUGCACCGAGACCUUAAACCGUCAAACCUAUUACUAAAUCUGAAUUGCGACCUCAAAGUGUGCGAUUUCGGCUUGGCCCGGAGCAUCGCCCUGCUGGAGGAUAACUUCGGCUUCAUGACCGAGUACGUCGCCACCCGGUGGUACCGGGCCCCGGAAAUCAUGUUGACAUUCCAGGAAUAUACCACCGCCAUCGACGUGUGGUCCGUCGGGUGUAUAUUAGCGGAAAUGUUAUCGGGACGGCCGCUUUUCCCUGGUAGAGACUACCAUAACCAAUUAUGGUUGAUCUUGGAAAAGCUAGGCACCCCGAAUAUGGAAGACUACUACAAUAUCAAGCUGAAGCGGGCGCGAGAAUACAUACGCUCGUUACCUUUCUUUAAGAAAGUACCCUUCCAGCUGUUAUUCCCCAACGCCGACGAAAUCAACCCGUUGGCCAUCGACUUAUUGGAGAAGUUGCUCAUUUUCAACCCCGCCAAGCGGAUCACCGUCGACGACGCAUUGAAACACCCUUACCUCAAACUAUAUCACGACCCCGACGAUGAGCCCGUGAGCGAGCCCAUCCCCGACAAUUUCUUUGACUUCGACAAGAAAAAGGACGAGUUGGAUAUCAAAGACUUGAAGCGAUUGUUGUACGACGAAAUCAUGAUGCCUUUGUAA